AUGCCGAUUCGAAGCGAGUGGAGCCUUGCACGCGAGGGAAUCACCCGCGAUACCUUGGUCAACCUGCUCAAGCUAACGGCCUUUAAUCCUGCACUCACACUGCCAAUCUUUUUGCUCGCACGCUACACGCAGCAGGGCAAUUCGCUUGCAUCUGAGCACUCUAAUGCAUUUAAGCACUUGAAGACGCUGCUUGGCCUGGGAUUGUUCAAUACAGCCAGUACUUGGCUAAGCAACCGCGUCAUCAACAACUGGACUAGCGACAAGUAUGACUGGAAUCGCGAGGUUGUCGUUGUGACUGGUGGGAGUGAUGGAAUUGGCAAGAUUGUCGUGCAGCUGCUUGCUGAGAAGGGGAUUAAAGUCGCUGUGCUAGAUGUCCAGGACUUGACGUAUGAAGCACCCCCAUCCGUCAGCUUCUUCAAAUGCGAUCUCUCCUCCCCCAAAGCCAUUGCAGAAACCGCCUCUGCUAUCCGCGCCGCCCUCGGCAACCCCACCGUCCUCAUCAACAACGCUGGCGUUGCCCGCGGCAAAAACAUCCUCGAAUCCACGGAAAAAGAUAUCAACCUCACCUUCCGCGUCAACUCAAUGAGCCACUACUACCUCGCCCAGCAAUUCCUGCCCCACAUGAUCAACACCAACCACGGCAUGAUCGUCACCGUCGCCUCCAUCGCAGCCUACAUCCCCGCCCCCAAUAUGGUUGACUACUGCUCCUCCAAAGCCGCCGCCCUAACCUUCCACGAGGGCCUCUCCGCCGAACUCGUAAACACCUACAAGGCUCCCAAGGUCCGCACUGUGGCUGUCUGCCAGGGCUACACGCGCACCGCGCUCUUCGAGGGCUUCGAUCCGAGCGGUGCGCUAUACCCGGAGACGGUGGCUGAGUCGAUUGUUAAGGCGGUGCUGAGUGGAAAGAGUCAGCAUGUUGUUCUGCCCGAGAAUGUGUGGGGUGUCCUCCCGAAGCUCAGGGGACUGCCGCUUUGGAUGCAGUACGGGAUUAGGAAGAGGUUGGGCGGGUUGAUGAAGGAGUGGAAGGGACGACAGGUUGUGCAGCCGAGUGAGGUGGAGGAGGAUGGUCAGGAGAAGAAGGCAGAUGAUAGUACGGUGUUUGUGGGUAAGGAGUAG